AUGACUGCACCCACACGGACCCCGCAUGACAACAUAGUGAUGCUGCUGCUGAGCCGUGCCUCUGUAUCCUUCGACCUCCGUGUGUCUCUUCAGUCUUCAGCCUGCGCUCUGCUCCGCGGCUCUGAGCUGACUCUUGUUCUCCGCAGCGCCAAUGCAACGCGGGGGGCUUCAGCCACAGACAGCUGCCUCACCAAACACAAUCCAUCCACACGCGGAAAAUAUGGCACAAAAACGGUGUAA